UCUUCUCGUCCUUCUAGUUUGACUAAUGGCAUAGCGCAGGACCGGGCAAUGAAUAACACCACCGGCUUGGCUCUGGUAGGAGCCGGCGUACCUGCGGAGGUACCUGCGCACCGAGCUCUAACGGGCUGCGUCCUGGCGCUGCUCAUCGUCUGGACGCUUUUUGGCAACUUCACGGUGUGCGCCGCCGUCUGUCGCUUCCGGCACCUGCGCGCCAAAGUGACCAACAUAUUUAUCGUGUCCCUGGCUCUGUCGGACCUCCUGGUCGCCGUGCUGGUGAUGCCGUGGAAAGCCGCGGCUGAGGUGGCCGGCUUCUGGCCGUUCGGCGGGUUCUGCAAAACCUGGCUGGCCUGCGACAUCAUGUGCUCCACGGCCUCCAUCCUCAACCUGUGCGUCAUCAGCGUGGACCGAUACUGGGCAAUCUCCAGCCCGUUCCUCUACGAGAGGAGAAUGAACAAGAAGGUGGCCUCUGUGAUGAUCGGCGUGACCUGGACGAUAUCCGUGGUCAUCUCCUUCGUGCCCGUGCAUCUGAACUGGCACCGCGCGGACGCGGCUGAUCCGGCCGAGGAUCACGCGCCUCGCGGUGAGAGCGUUGACGGGAGCUGUGACUCCAGCUUGAGCCGCACAUACGCCAUCUCCUCCUCCGUCAUCAGCUUUUACAUCCCCGUGGCUGUCAUGAUCGUCACGUACACCCGCAUCUACCGGAUAGCCCAGAUGCAGAUCCAGAUGAUAUCCUCCCUGGAGCGGGCGGCGGAGCACGCGCAGAGUUGCCGCUCGAACGUACCUGUGUGUCCUCACCUGUGCACAGAAAUAGGCACCAAUUCCGAUCAGUUGCAUGUCAGUCUUCAUCCCGAGUCUCAGCGCCCCAAUGAGUCCCACCAGGAGCUCAAAGUCUCCAUCAGAAAGGAGACGAAGGUCCUCAAAACUCUGAGCACCAUCAUGGGUGUUUUUGUGUCCUGCUGGUUGCCAUUCUUUGUCCUGAACUGCGCUCUGCCCUUCUGUCCCGGGCCAAAGGCCAAGGGGGCCCGACAGGGCCCUCACUGCGUCGGCGAGAAAACAUUCGACGUAUUCGUGUGGAUCGGCUGGAGCAACUCGUCCCUCAACCCGAUCAUCUACGCGUUCAACGCGGACUUCAGAGACGCUUUCCUACGGCUGUUGCGCUGCCGCGGACGCGGCUGCUGUACCGCGGUGAAUGCAGCGGCGGGGACGGCGAUGGCGAGCAACGAGGCCGGACGCCCGAGGCGCGAGAGUCCGCUGAACGUGAAGCCGGACGUCUCCUGCGCCACGACUCUCAGGGGGAGCGAGGACAGCGGGAACACACCGGUGACGGUGUUGUACCACAGAGGGACGACAACGGAGCAGGUGAUGGACACCGAGGAGCGCCACGACAAGGACGGACUGACGCGGAUACCGAUAUAAGUGACACCACUUGUGAAAUCCUGCGGGACAAAACAUGCAGAGAAGGUGUUAUAGGACAGAGUAGGAAAUAAGAAGCAUUAAAGCAAAAUUUACU